GCAAUGCAUCACAAAUUGCUUAAAAUCUUGCAAGAGUGCAGGUCUCUCAAAGAGCUGAAGCAGACCCACCUUCAGAUUUUCGUCCAUGGGCUGCAAGAUAACAGCUUUUUGCUUCCCAAGCUCCUCACUCUCUCCUCAGAACUGGGUUUUCUUCAUUAUGCUUAUUCUGUUUUUCGAAAUUCUUGUUGCCCCAAUGUUGUCGCUUGCAACACAUUGAUAAAAUGCUCUGUAGGAAAGGCUCGUAUAGAUGCAUUGCGCGUGUACGAUCGAAUGAAGGCGCUUGGGAUUGGGCCCAACAGUUUCACUUUCACUUUUCUUCUUAGGUGCUGUGAAUCUUUCGAGGCCCUUGAAGAUGGGACAAUGGUUCACGGUGACGUUGUCAAAAUGGGUUUUGGUUCUAGUGUCUUUGUUCAGAAUACCCUUUUGGAUUUCUAUGCUAAAUGCAGAGGUCGUUGGGAUUUGGCUUUCCAGGUGUUUGGUGAAAUGCCCGAAAGAGAUGUGGUUUCCUGGAAUUCGAUGAUUGCUGCUUACAUGGCCCACGGUGAGAUAGAACCUGCGAUGAGGUUGUUUUAUUCAAUGCCAGAUAGGAGCACUGUGACAUGGAAUUGUGUUGUUUCUGGUCUUUCCAAGGCUGGAAACAUGGAAUUAGCUCAUUCAGUUUUUGAGAGGAUGCCAGAAAGAAAUGAAGUUACGUGGAAUUCAUUAAUAACUGCAUAUAUACGGUUGGGUGAUGUCAAGUCUGCGCAGUGUUUAUUUGAGCAGAUGCCCAAGAAAACAGUAGUUUCUUGGACGGCCAUGGUCUCGGGAUACAGCAUGAUUGGAGAUCUUGAAUCUGCAUGGAACAUAUUCAAUCAGAUGCCUUUUAAAAAUGUUGUAUCAUGGAAUGCCAUGAUUUCCGGUUAUGUUCAUAACCACAUGUUUGAUCAAGCUCUUUGUGUGUUUCGCAAGAUGUUAAUAGACGGCAAGUGCAGGCCUGAUCAGAGUACUUUGAUUAGCUUACUAUCCGCAUGCACUCACUUGGGGUCUCUAGAACAUGGAAAAUGGAUUGAGUCCUAUAUUGAGAGAAACAAGUUUGACUUGUCUGUUCCCCUAGGCAAUGCGCUAAUAGACAUGUUUGCAAAGUGUGGACAUGUAGAAAAUGCAAAAGCAGUUUUUAAAAAGAUGACUAAAAGGUGUAUAAUUACAUGGACAACGAUAGUGUCAGGUCUAGCUGUUAAUGGGUUGUGCAGAGAAGCCAUAGCUCUCUUUGAUACAAUGUGUUCAGAGGGAACUAAACCAGAUGAUGUCAUUUUUAUUGCUGUUCUGUCAGCUUGCACUCAUGGAGGGUUUGUGGAAGAGGGUAAAAGAGUUUUUGAUCAGAUGGAACAAGAGUUUGGCAUCAAACCCCGAAUAGAGCACUAUGGUUGCAUGGUUGACCUUCUAGGUCGGGCCGGGAAGUUGGAAGAAGCAGUCAUGUUCUUAGAAAACAUGCAUUUGGAGCCAAAUGCUGUCAUCUGGGCCAGUCUACUAGGUUCCUGUAAGAUUCAUGGAAAUGGAGAUCUGUUGGAAUCUCUAACCAGACGGAUUAUGGAGCAGGAGCCUGCAAAUCCCAGCUAUUUAACUCUUAUUUCGAAUUUGAGUGCAUCAAUGGGACAAUGGAAAGAUGUGUUGACCUAUAGGCAAGUCAUGAGACAGCAGGGAAUAGAAAAGGUUCCUGGUUGUAGCUCAAUCCAAAUGGGGAACAAGAUCCAUGAGUUCCUAGCCCAUGACACAAGGCAUAAGCAAAGAAAAGAACUUUACAUUGUUUUGAAUGGUUUAAAUGACCACUUAGCAGCAGUAUGCAAUGGACUAUGAAUAUAUGAGUGGUCUUUUGCACUAUGGUCACCAUUAUUGUGGUGUUUGGGAAGAAAAAAGAAAUGAUAAAUGAGUAGUCCUUUUAUAUGAUGUCCCAAGAAUUUAUGUCCA